AUGCCCUUGUCAGGUAUCAAUGUCUUUGAAAUGGCAGGCCUUGCACCAGCUCCUUUUGCUGGCUUGAUUUUAGCUGAUUUUGGUGCAAACGUUAUUCGUAUUGACAAGACGGAAAGUUUCAAUGCAGACGUUUUAAACAGGAACAAGCGUUCCAUUGCUCUAGAUUUGAAAAACAAACUAUCCAUUGAGACGUUGUUAGAGCUUUUCAAAAAAGCAGAUGUUUUGUUAGAUCCAUACCGUCCUGGUGUCAUGGAGAAACUAGGACUUGGCCCUGACACUCUUCUCAAAAAUAAUCCCCGCUUGAUCUAUGCAAGGUUAAGUGGAUAUGGACAGUCUGGAUCAACAGCAGCAGGGCACGAUAUCAAUUAUUUGGCAAUUUCUGGUGCCUUGAGCUUUAUGGGUAGGAAGAGUGAAGCUCCCUUCUUUCCAGCGAACAUGUUGGCGGAUUUCGCAGGCGGGGGACUUAUGUGCGUAAUGGGUAUCUUGAUGGCUCUUUUUGAGCGUACACGGUCGGGUUUAGGUCAGGUGAUUGAUGCCAAUCUAACUGCAGGCACGGCCUAUUUGGCUACGUUCCCAUAUCUGAUGCAGAAAUUUGGUUUAAUCUGGGAGGGUAAAAGAGGAAGCAAUAUGCUGGAUGGCGGCGCACACUUUUACGAGACUUAUCAAACAAAAGAUGGCCUUUAUAUGGCAGUUGGUGCAAUAGAACCACAAUUUUACGCCGCCCUAAUUGGCAAACUUGGAUUAGAUCAAGCUACCUUACCGAAUCAAAUGGAUAGAGAAACAUGGCCCUCAAUGAAAAAGCGUUUCCAAGACAUCUUUUUGACAAAGACGCAAAGCGAAUGGACUUCUAUCUUUGAGGGAUCGGAUGCAUGCGUAACACCGGUCUUAUCCUUCAACGAUACGAAAGACCACACUGCACCACCGCAACCUGCACCCAUUCUACAUCGAACGCCUGCCAUCAAAAGCACUUCAGCCGAUACGGAUCUCGAUCAUGCGUUUCUUGAGCCUGGAAAGAAUUCUAUGGAAGUGCUACUGGAAUUCAAGAUUGAAGAAAAUCUGAUAAGAAGACUUCUUGCAUCAGGUGCCUUGAAAAGCAAGUCAAUGCUGUAG